AUUGUGGGUAAAAGGAAGCGCUGGGGCCGGCCUCCCCCCACGUGUCCGCCGGAGUUUCUCUACCAGCAACAUGGCCGCCGCCUGAGAGGAGAGCCGGGCCACCGCCGCCUUUGCAGCCCGCGGGUAGCUGGGCCGUUGCUGCCGCCCGCGCGCGGCCCCCGCGGAGAGAUUGAGCUCGAGAACUGCGUGGCCGGCUCUCCCCUAGUAUGGCCAAUGAAGAGGAUGACCCAGUCAUACAGGAGAUCGACGUGUACUUGGCCAAGAGUCUGGCAGAGAAGCUCUAUCUGUUUCAGUACCCUGUGCGUCCAGCCUCGAUGACCUACGAUGACAUCCCACACCUCUCAGCCAAGAUCAAGCCCAAGCAGCAGAAGGUAGAGCUUGAGAUGGCCAUCGAUACCCUGAAUCCCAACUAUUGCCGCAGCAAAGGGGAGCAGAUCGCGUUGAACGUGGAUGGGGCCUGCGCCGACGAGACCAGCACGUACUCCUCGAAGCUGAUGGACAAGCAAACCUUCUGCUCUUCUCAGACCACCAGUAACACAUCCCGUUACGCGGCUGCGCUCUACAGGCAAGGGGAGCUCCACCUGACACCUUUACAUGGCAUCCUGCAGCUGCGGCCCAGCUUCUCCUACCUGGACAAGGCAGACGCCAAGCACCGUGAGAGGGAGGCGGCCAAUGAGGCGGGGGACUCUUCGCAGGACGAGGCGGAAGAAGAUGUUAAGCAGAUCACGGUGCGGUUUUCCCGGCCCGAGUCAGAGCAGGCCCGCCAGCGCCGCGUGCAGUCCUACGAGUUCCUCCAGAAGAAGCACGCGGAGGAGCCCUGGGUCCACCUGCACUACUAUGGCCUCAGGGACAGCCGCUCUGAGCACGAGCGCCAGUACCUGCUGUGCCCGGGCUCGAGUGGGGUGGAGAACACGGAGCUCGUCAAGUCACCCAGUGAGUACCUCAUGAUGCUGAUGCCGCCCAGCCAGGAGGAGGAGAAAGACAAGCCUGUGGCCCCCAGCAACGUCCUGUCCAUGGCCCAGCUGCGCACCCUGCCCCUGGCCGAUCAGAUCAAGAUCCUAAUGAAGAACGUGAAGGUCAUGCCUUUUGCCAACUUGAUGAGCCUCCUGGGCCCGUCCAUCGACUCGGUGGCUGUUCUGCGUGGCAUCCAGAAGGUAGCGAUGUUAGUCCAAGGAAACUGGGUGGUGAAGAGUGACAUCCUGUACCCCAAGGACUCGUCCAGCCCUCACAGUGGCGUGCCUGCCGAGGUGCUCUGCAGGGGCCGGGACUUUGUUAUGUGGAAGUUCACACAGAGCCGCUGGGUGGUCAGGAAAGAGGUGGCAACGGUGACGAAACUCUGCGCCGAGGAUGUGAAGGACUUUCUGGAGCACAUGGCUGUGGUGAGGAUCAACAAAGGCUGGGAGUUCGUACUGCCUUACGACGGGGAGUUCAUCAGGAAGCAUCCGGACGUGGUCCAGCGGCAGCACAUGCUGUGGACCGGCAUCCAGGCCAAAUUAGAGAAAGUCUAUAAUCUCGUAAAGGAAUCCAUGCCAAAGAAGCCAGAUGGACAGUCAGGGCCUGCCCGGCUGGUCUCUGGGGACCAGCGGGUCCAAGUAGCCAAAACCAAGGCCCAGCAGAACCAUGUGUUGCUGGAGCGGGAGCUGCAGCGGCGGAAGGAACAGAUCCAGGCGUCCUCAGUCCUGCCCGGUGUGCGGAUCAAAGAGGAGCCUGUGAGUGAAGAAGGAGAGGAAGAGGAAGAGCAGGAAGUGGAGGAGCCCAUGGACACAUCACCCGGUGGUGGCCUCAACAGCAGGCUGGCCAACGGGCUGCCUGCAGGGCGGGCAGCAGGCGGGGACAGCUUCAAUGGGCACCCACCCCCAGGCUGUGCCAGCUCCCCUGUGGCCCGGGAACUGAGGGCGUUCGUGGAGGCCACCUUUCAGAGACAGUUUGUGCUCACCCUGAGCGAACUCAAGCGCCUCUUCAACCUGCACUUGGCCAGCCUGCCCCCCGGCCACACGCUCUUCAGCGGCAUCUCGGACCGCAUGCUGCAGGACACGGUGCUGGCCGCCGGCUGCAAGCAGAUACUGGUGCCUUUUCCUCCACAGACUGCUGCUUCCCCGGAUGAGCAGAAAGUGUUUGCCCUCUGGGAGUCUGGAGACAUGAGUGACCAGCAUCGACAGGUUUUGCUUGAGAUUUUUUCCAAAAAUUACCGGGUACGCAGAAACAUGAUCCAGUCUCGGCUAACUCAAGAGUGUGGAGAAGAUCUAAGUAAACAGGAGGUGGAUAAAGUGCUAAAGGAUUGCUGUGUAAGCUAUGGUGGCAUGUGGUACCUUAAAGGGACAGUACAGUCUUGACAGUAGUAGCAGACCACUAACCCAAGGAAUCCAAGCCCAAGGAAGAAGGGCAGAGCCAGAAGUAGAGUCUCGACUUGCUUCGGAAGACAACAGAGCAAGAGGAACUGACCAGCUCAUGGCCUGUGGCACUGCAUGGUCCAGUGGACAGAAGGGAUCAUACUUAGCCAGUGGCAGGGUCAGCUUAAGUUAGAUCACUCCGGAGAGACCAGCUGGGACAUUCUGUGCAGUACAAUUUUUGAAAAUCCUGAUGUAUUUUGCUUAUUACUUGGUUUCAUUCUCAUAGUAAAGUGAGUGUACACUGACACAGGCAGGAUGAU